AUGAGUGAUUUAAAAGAUGAAAAACAAAUAAUAUCUAAUGGUGUUGAACAUUUCCCCAGUGAGAAAAAAUUAAGUGAUAUUGAAUCUACUAUAUCCAAUAGUCAAAAUGAUUCAAAUGUUUUUGACGGUGGUAUGAAACGUAAUUUUUCAAAUUUAUCAUUGGCAAUGAUUGGAUUUUCAUUAACUAAUUCUUGGUUAGGUAUUAGUUCUUCAUUAGUUACUGGUAUUCAAAGUGGUGGUCCAUUAUUAAUUGUAUAUGGUAUUUUGAUUGUUGCUUUUGUAUCUGUUUGUAUUGCCUGUACCUUAGGAGAAUUAGCUAGUGCCAUGCCAUCGGCUGGUGGUCAAUAUGUAUGGGCCAGAGUUUUAGCUCCAAAAAGAUAUUCAUCAUUUUGGGCAUAUAUUACAGGUUCUAUUUCAUGGGGUGGUUCAAUUUUCACUACAGCAUCAAUGAAUUUAGCUUUAGCUUAUGAAUUAUUAGGGUUUUGGAAUUUAAAUCAUCCAGAACAUGUAACCCAAAAAUGGCAAGUUUUCAUUAUUUAUAAUAUUGUUAAUUGGUUUUUAUUCUUUUUCAAUAUUUGGCAUAGAUAUUUACCAUUUAUUGGUAAUUCAAUUUUUGGAAUUUCAUUAACUUCAUAUUGUAUAAUUACUAUAACUGUGUUGGUCUGUAGUAGAAACAAUUUUAAUUCAGUUGAGUUUGUAUUUGUUGAUUUUGCUAAUAAUACAGGUUGGUCAUCAAAAGGUAUUGCAUUUAUAGUUGGUUUGAUUAAUCCAUCUUGGAGUUUUAGUUGCUUAGAUUCAGUUUGUCAUUUAUCAGAAGAAACGUCAGAACCAGAAAGAGAUAUACCAAAAGCAGUUUUAUCAACAGUUGCCAUUGGUUUUCUUACAAGUUUCACUUAUUCAAUUGCCAUGUUUUUCUGUGUUCGUAAUUUAGAUGAAAUUAUUCAAUCAAAUACCGGUUUACCAAUUUUAGAUAUUUAUUAUCAAGCUUUAAAUAAUAAAGCUGGUGCAACUUGUCUUGGUGCAUUAGUUUUCCUUACUGCUUCUGGUUGUACAAUUGCUUGCCAAACAUGGCAAGCUAGAUUAUGUUGGUCAUUUGCAAGAGAUCAAGGUUUACCAUUUAGUAAGUAUUUAUCAAUUAUUGAUCCAAAAACUGGUGGUCCAUUAUAUGCACAUUUAUUUUCAACUAUUGUAGUUACAAUUGUUUCAGUAUUGGUUUUUUCAGAUGCUGCAUUACAAGCAACUGCAUUAGCUUGUGUUUCAUUUUUAUUAAUAGCGUAUUCAAUACCGACAAUUUUCUUAUUGGUUAGAAAGAGAAAUAUAAAUCAUGGACCAUUUUGGUUAGGUAAAUUUGGUGUAUUUUGUAAUUUCAUGUUAUUAAGUUGGUGUAUAUUUGCAUUGGUAUUUUUCAGUUUUCCUGCAAUGUCUCCAGUUAGUGCUGAAAACAUGAAUUAUUUUGUUGCUGUUUUGGUGGUUUAUGUUAUUUGUAUGUUGGUUUAUUGGUGGUUCCCAAUAAAGAAAUAUGCAUGUAAAUAUAAUUUUAGAGGUGGUAAUAUUAAAGGUGAAGAAAUAGAAUUUCCAAACGUUUGUAAGACAGAAUGGUAG